AUGACACAGUGGCCCGUACACUUACAUAUGUUCAGUUUCCAAGUUGGUAUGUAUGGAAGCUUGAUAAACGUUGUUGGGAACCUAGACAAAGACAUAAGUCAAUUGGGAGAAUUCACGCUAGAUGCAUGUUAUGCACUCGGUCUUUUGGACGAUGACACAGAAUACAUUGAGGCAAUCAAGGAAGCAAAUGAAACAGGAUCCCCUUCGUAUCUUCGUAAUUUAUUUGCUACUUUGCUGUUAACAAAUACGUUAUCCAGACCAGAGGUUGUAUGGGAAAGCACAUGGAGAUACAUGACAGACGACUUUAUCUACAGACUUAGAAAAUAUCAUCGAGUUCCAGCUUUAUCAAUUCCAGAUGAGCAGCUUAAAAACUACGUUUUUAGUGAAGUUGAAAAAUUCUUAGCUAGAAACAACUCAUCACUCAAAAGAUUUGAGACAAUGCCGUACCCAGAUAAUGCGUCUAUGUCUGAUUCAGACAAUCGUUUGAUUAACGAGGAGCGUAUCUACGACAAAACCAAUCUUGAAAUUGAAUUUAAUAAUCAACUUAAUUUGCUAACUGAUGAGCAACGGUCAGUUUUCCAACAAAUAAUCAACGCAAUUGAGGGUAACAAAGGUGGGGUUUUUUUUGUGUACGACUAUGGUGGGACCGGGAAGACCUUCUUAUGGAAGACAUUAUCUGCGGCAAUCAGAUCAAAAGGUCAAAUUGUAUUAAACGUUGCUUCCAGUGGGAUCGCGUCGUUGUUAUUGUCUGGUGGCAGGACCGCGCAUUCCAGGUUUCGUAUUCCAUUGAAUCUUACAGAGGAUUCAGUUUGUAAUAUAAAACCUGAUGGAGAUGUAGCUAGACUACUUCACGAAACAAACUUGAUUAUAUGGGAUGAAGCGCCUAUGGUCCAUAAGCAUGCAUUCGAAGCGUUGGAUAGAACAAUGAACGACAUUUUCAAUAUCGACACUUCCAACAGAUCAAAUAUCCGCUUUGGAGGAAAGGUUAUUGUUUUAGGAGGCGAUUUUAGACAGAUCCUUCCUGUUGUUCCAAAUGGUGGAAGACAAGAGAUUGUCAAUGCCUCAUUAAGUUCGUCUUAUCUGUGGGAUACAUGUAAGUUGCUGAGACUAACAAAAAACAUGAGGUUAACAGUUGGAAGUUCAGCAUCGGACGCUGAAGAAAUAAAACAAUUUGCAAAAUGGCUUUUGGAUAUAGGUGAGGGAAAUGUUGGUGGUCCAAAUGAUGGAGAAGCAUCAAUUGAAAUACCAAGGGAUCUUCUGAUCACUGAUACAUUGGACCCCAUUUCAACUUUAAUUGAUUUUGUGUAUCCUUCAAUUCUUGAAAACUUUAACAAUCAAAAUUAUUUCAGUGAGAGGGCUAUACUUGCACCUAAGAACGAGGUUGUGCAUGAAAUUAAUGAUCGGUUGUUGUCACUAUUCCCAGGUGAAGAACGAGAAUAUCUUAGUUCAGACAGUCUUUGUCAGUCUGAAAAUCCAAACGCUACACAACAAAAACUAUACUCUCCCGAUGUGCUUAACGGUCUUAAAGUAUCCGGCUUACCUAAUCAUAGGCUAGCACUAAAAGUAGGCGUGCCGGUGAUGCUCUUACGUAACAUUGACCAACAAAAUGGUCUUUGCAAUGGUACACGACUACAGGUCAAAAAAAAGUAUAACCGUGUAAUAGAAGCCGAGAUAAUAUCCGGAGGGAACAUAGGCACUCGCACUUAUAUACCAAGGAUUAGUUUGAUACCUUCUGAUAAAAAAAUUCCUUUUGAGUUUCAAAGGAGACAAUUUCCGUUGGCUGUUUGUUUCGCAAUGACUAUUAAGGGACAAUCACUGUCUAGAGUUGGUCUGUAUCUGAAACAGCCAGUUUUCACCCAUGGUCAGCUGUAUGUUGCUUUAUCGAGAGUUAAAACCAGACAAGGAGUUAAACUUCUGAUUUUGGACAAUGACGGCAAACCUACUAAUAAAACGACAAAUGUAGUUUACAAAGAAGUAUUUCGUGACUUGUGA